CGGCCGGGUGCCUGGCGGGGGGACCGCGCGCCGGCGCCCUGGCAUCCCCCCCCCCCUUCCGCUCUCCUCCACCUCCCUCGCCUCCCCUCCUCCCUUUGCCGCGCCUCCCUCGCGCGUGCUUGCCCUCGCCUCCCUGUCGUGCACCAUGUCCCCCGAGGACGCUGUCGCCUCUGUUCCCCUGGCCGGCUCGCGGAAAUCCCCCUCCGAGUAUGUUGCCUCGAUGCGCGGGAAGAAGGUCAUUGUCAAGCUGAUUGGCGGGUCGAUUUUCAAGGGCUACCUUGCCUCGCUGGACGGGUACCUGAACAUUGCUCUCGAGCAGACCGAGGAGUGGAACUCCGAAGGAACCGGUGUCAUUGGGACCUUCGGUGAUGCGCUCAUUCGCGGGAACAACGUGUACUACAUCAGCCUCGAGGAGUAGGCCGCUCCAGCAAGCACGCAUGGACUUUCCCCCAUCGCCUGUGUCUCGGCCCGCCCGUGCGAAAAAUACAUCCCCUCUAGUUUGCGA